ACAAAUGAACGAACUUCAAAUGUAUACGAUUAUCAUAUAAGUAUUUACUUUUUUUUUUUCGUUAUAAAAUGUAGUUUUAUGAUAAUAAAUUAUGAUUAAGAAAAAGAAGUUUAAGAAAAAAAUCAAAUUAAAAUGACUUCGGGAUUUUCUUUAGAUCAGCUAUCAACAGAAUUACUUAUUAAAAUUUUUUCCUAUGUAGAUAUUAAAGAUUUGUGUCAUUUAACUGUGACCUGCAAAAGAUUUAAAGAAAUUAUAUCAACAUGGGAUAAAGUGAUUGUUAAAUUUAAACGUCUUCCGGCAGUUACUAAUCAAACGAACGAAAUAUUUCUUUCGAGGUGUUUCAAACCACUAAAUAAUUUAGAUAAACUUAGAAUUUCGAAAAAUUGGCAAAUGGCAAGAUAUUGCGAAAGUAAUUUAUUGUAUAGCAGAAAAAAAUAUAUUCCGUAUCUUAAAAUAUCAGAUAGGUUUUUGUGGAUGAGUCGUGGAGAUGAAAUAAAAUGUUAUCAGAGAAACGAAACUGGUAUAAUUACUGAAAAAUCAUUUUACACUUUGAAAGGCGCAACUAAUGCCGAUAUCGUAAAUUUUCAACUAAGAAAUAAUCUAAUUGUAGGUGGUUUAAGAGAUGGAACUAUGAGGAUACACGACUUGAAAAAUCGAAAUGCUAUUUAUGAACUCGACAACUGGCAUCAUACAGAUAUAAAUUCUGUAGAUAUUGAUAGAUUUGGAUGUAUAAUUGUAUCCGGAGAAAGAAAUGGUAUAAUAAAUAUUGUUAAAAUACUUGAUGGACAAUUAAUAAAUGAUUCUUUAACAAAAAUCGUCUGUCCCGAUCGUAUAUGGAAAAUUAGUUUAUCAGACGAAAAUAAAUUAGCUGUGGGUACCUCGGGAAACGAACAUCCUAGUUCUCUAUUUAUUUAUGACAUAACGAGACAAAAUAAGGACCACGUUGAAUUAUUUAAUGAAAAUAGAGUGGUUGGUAGUGGAAUUUUAGAUAUCCGGUGGGAUGGUCCACAAAUAUUGUGGACUUGUGGUUACGAUAGUGUUUUAAAAAGAUGGGAUCUCAGAACAGGCAAAAGUGAACAAAACUUUUUUGAUCCCUUCGGUUCCGUAUUAUAUUGUUUAGACUAUGAUUAUGUUAAUACAAUUAUGACUGGUGUUAACAUGCACGGUAGAAUCGUAUUAUGGGAUAUACGACAAAGGAGAGCCGUACAGAUGUAUUAUAUGGAAUCCUGUCGAAAAGGAUAUAAUGGAAGUUCGCCUGUAUAUAGUUUGGCGUUUGAUUCGGAAUUUCUGUUUUCUACCACCGAUAAACAUUUGAAUGUACUGAAUUUUUCUUCGUACGACCAAACACAUUCGAAUGAUUAUACGUUUUUCUUUUAACGAAAUGUUUUAUCAAUUUUAAGUAUAAUUUUGAUAUUUAUUAACGCCAAAGUGACCAAAAUAAUUGUAAUAGCCCAUUAUUAUACUUUUUACAACGAAUUAAACAUAUUUUAUACAUUUAC